GGGGGGGGGGGCGGUUCUGGUUAUGUAUGGGUUAUGUAUGGGUUUCCUUCUUGUCAUGUCACGGAUGAGUGUGUGUCUGUCUACAAAUAUGUAUUCGAGUGUGGAUUCUUGGGGAUUUUAUUUCUUAUUGCCUUGGAUUGUGUUUGUGUGUUUUUGCGUCCAUGUGUUAUGUGUGCGCUUGUGCUUGUGUUUUGUGCUUGUGGCUUUGAUAAGUGUGCCUGUGAGUGUCUGUGUGCGGUGUACGGAGCAUGUAUUUCUUCUGAUUUCUUUCAUAGUUUUUCUUCCCAGCCGAUCUGUCUGUCUGUCUAUCUGUCUGUCUAUGGAGUGGGGCGUGAAAACGGUGUUUGGUGAGAUGUUUUUGAUUAUAGUUUUUUCAUGUUCACUUUACUUGACGACUUUGUAUGGGGGGGGGGAGAGGGGAAUAAACGGGAUAUUUGUGAGGAUUUGUGGGGAUUUGUGGGAAUUGGACGCGGGAAUUGGAAUUGAAUAUGAAUAUGAGGAUUAAAGACGAUGUGCGGCUGUGAUGUGAUGUGAUUUGAUUGGGUGUGAUGUUGAUGUGAUGUGAUAUGCUAUUGUA